AUGGGAAGCAUUAGUUUUUUGGUCAUGCAUUCUGGGAGGUGGAACAAGGAAAAUUGCUAUGUUGAUUACAGUACAGAAGCAAUUGUGCUAAAAGAGCAUGCGACAUUUAGAGAACUAAUGGAUCUUGUUUCAAAGCAAAUUUGUGUUGACUUGAGUUUCAACGUUGUGAAACAUAAAUAUAAGAUAGAGGGUAGUACUACACCUCUGGAAAUACACAACGACAUGGGUGUGAGAGUUCAAUUAGCUGAUAGAAAUAUGUUUGAAAAUGGAUUUGAAAUGUGUGGGCCUGAUGGAAUAGAUAUAGUUGAUACAGAAGCAUUAGUGCUUAGUGUGCCGAACAAUGGCAUUAACAUGAAUUGCGACAUUAUUACAAACGCCAAACAUAAGGUAGUGUUGGAAGAUCAAGUUUAUAAGGACAAGGGAACUUUAAAGGCUGUGAUGAUGCAAUACGCUAUUAAUCAUAGAUUCCAAUGGAAAACGGACAGAUCGAGUCAAACAUGUUAUACACUUGUUUGUGUCUCUGAUAAUUGUGGGUGGGUGUUGAAGUCGUCAAGUAUCAAUAAAUCUGGAAUGUUCAGAAUUAGAAAAUUCGUAGAUGAUCGCACGUGUCCAUUGAAAGAUAAGGUUUAUGAACAACGUCAAGCAACAAGCAAUCUUAUUGGAGUGGCGUGGAAGGCUAAGGAAAAGGCUGUAAUUUCUUUAAGGGGUACCCCAUCUGGUUCUUAUGGUAAACUGUCGAGCUACUUAUACGUAUUGGACGCUACCUACCCUGGAUCUCAUAUAAGGAUGAAGAAAAUCGAUGAAAAUCAAUUUCUUUAUCUUUUUAUUUCUCUCUUCCCGUUCAUAAAAGGUUUUGAGUGUUGUAAAUCAAUUGUCGUAGUUGAUGGCAGCCACCUCAGGGGGACGUACAAUGGAGUAUUUGUUUCUGCAAGUACUGUUGAUGGAGCAGGAAAUUUAUUGCCGCUAGCAUAUGGAAUUAUUGAUUCAGAAAAUGAUGCAUCCUGGACUUGGUUUUUGAACAGUUUAGAGAAGCGCAUGGCAUUAAAUAUAACAUGUGCGUUGUGUUCGAUCGAAACAAAAGCAUACAAACAAUCUGAAUUUGAUGAACUGAUGAAAAAGGUUGAACUAGUUGAUGUUCGUGUAAAAAAUUACUUGGAAUCAGCAGGUUAUGAAAAAUGGGCUAGGGUAUAUGCAACAGUUGAUCGAGGAAUGGUUAUGACAUCAAACAUAGCUGAGUGCAUAAAUGCUUGUCUAUUUGAAGCAAGGGAAUUACCGGUAUACGAUUUUCUUAAGAAAGUAAGACAGAUGAUUGAAAGAUGGAAUUUGAAAAAUCAUACGUUUGCUUCACAUACUUUCACCACACUUUGUGGUAGACCACAAGAGAUGCUUGUUGCUAAUGAAGAAGCAUCAUUACGUAUGAAGGUUGUACCAUCAAAUAACUAUGUGUUUAGUGUUCAUCACGAAGGUAGAACCUACAUUGUUUGUUUGGAAAAUAAAACUUGUACUUGCAAGAGGUUUCAAAUAGAUGAAAUACCAUGUUCGCACGCUUGGACUGUUUUAAAGAAGAAACAUUUUGAUGUUGGGACAUAUUGUUCCGACCUGUACAAGCCAAGUAACUUGUUGAAUACAUAUAGCAUUUCAAUUCGUCGGUUACCUGAUCAAAACGAGUGGAAUGUACCUGGGUAUAUUAAGGACCAGAUAGUGCAGCCUCCAAAUCACAAAAAUCUCCCUGAAGGCCAUCCAAAAAGUAUCGUGACAAGACGUAUAGCAAGCUAUAUGGUAAGAAGAGAAAGAAUUCUUGCAGUACAUGUGGGUUUAAAGGGCACAAUAGGCGUUCAUGUAGGAAUGGACCGCAUAUUGUAUAGUUAA